AUGCGAUCACCAGCAUCCUUUAGCUCCAGCGCUAAUGGGAUGGCUCCAGGACCGUGCUCACCAGCUGAAGUGAAUCGCAGAGACUACUUUGGACGCACCGUGUUGCAUCUUUUGUCUGCUAGUGACGAUCCAGCGGCCAAUGACUACUUUCAACUUCUUCUUUCACAUCCGUCUGUGAACGUAAAUAUGCAAGACCGUGAAAGUGGUUGGACCGCUUUGCAUCGCGCGUUGUACGCAGGCAAUCUUCACAUGGCUCUUGUCUUGCUGGAGCGUCCGGAUAUCGACUGCCAUGUCCGCGACUGGGAAGGACUUACUCCUUUUGACUUGUACAACUCAACUAUUGAAGGCACGUAUCCUAAUGAUCAGAAUAUAGCAAGUGAUGGCGGUGACCUCUUUGUUUGGGGGACGAAUCGCAACUACACUCUUGGUCUGAGCCGUGACAACGACAGUGCACUUCCCGAACGCGUCAAACUUCAGGCUCGAGAACCUUAUGAAGCAGGAGUUGCAGGUUCACGAUUUAAUCGGCCGUACGUUCGGGACAUAUCCAUGUCUCGCUGGCACACUGUCGUUGCCACGAAUGAGCGGCGUAAGAAUGUGUAUGUAUGUGGCAUUGGAUCCCAAGCCCGACUAGGUCGGAUGGCACAGACACAAACGAGAUUUGAGCCCCUGCGCGACUUUUCCGAAACGGCCCAAACGGUCGUUGCCAGCUCUGAUCACACGCUCAUCGUAACGACGCAGGGCACGGUGUACUCGUUUGGCUCGAACCGAAUGGGCCAGCUAGGCUUCUUGCUUGAAGAGGGACAAGGGAUUUUAUCCUCCUCGUCUGGGACCAAGCGCUCAGCUGCUACAUCGCACACUGGAUGUACAUCUCUGCAAGGUACGAUCAUAGGCGCCAAUGGCGUUGAACUGGAUUUGCAAGUGACGCCACGACGUGUACUCGGUCCACUAAAACGAGAAGUCGUGCUUGGUGCUGCGGCCAGUCGCAUCCAUUCGGUUGCAUACACUGCCGAUGCACUGUAUACGUGGGGCACCAACAAUGGUCAACUGGGCUACGAUCGGCAUUCUGCCCCCUUGCAGGUGCAGCCACGACGCGUCACUCUCAUUAGCGUGCCAGUUCGUCAAGUAGCCGCUACCGAGUUCGCUACGGCCUGUCUGCUGGAGACGUGGGAUGUGACGGUGCUCCACGGUGAUGCACAUUAUCGCAUUCCGUUCCCGACACCCCGCAUAACAAGUGACAUGGGCAUGUUUCGUCCUCGGCAGGCGCAGCCGAAGCCGACAAUCCGCAAAAUCACAUGCUCCGGCACGACCUUUGCAGCCCUUUCUAACUUGGGGGACGUAUUCACAUUCCACAUUGAGCAUCCGAGUACCACAGGUCCGAAAGUUGUACUUCCGCGCCCGCAGCUCGCAUGGAGUGUGCGUAGAAAGUUUUCGGCUGUACGGGACGUGGCUAUCGGGAGUGAUGGCGCUCUCCUUUUGUGUACUGCCGACGGACAUGUGUACGCGCGUUCUCAAAAGUUGGAUGUAAAGGGAAAAACUCGUAUACCCAAGUUCCAGGCUAUACCCUUUCUUCAACGCAUUGUGCGCGUGGUGGCCAACGAGACCGGCAGCUUCGCUGCGCUCCAAGUACCUUGGCAAUUUCCUUGCAUUCCUGUGCGUGGGCGCUCUUUGGAAGAAGAUCUCUUGGAUCUAGCGCUCCCACGUGCCUCCAUACCGGCAUCCCUCGACACCGACCCUGUCGAUGUUUCAGAUGAUGACAGCGAUGAACAUGACCCGGCCAGCUCACAAAUGCGGCGCUAUGCGGUGCAGGCGCGCACACUACUCGACUUUAUUGCCGAGUCUCGAGCACAUUAUUCAAUGCCUGUGGACAUGCCAUCAUGCGCCCCUCGGGGCUGUGAUGCUGCUCUGAUCGUGGAGCAUGGGUCGCAUUGGAUUCCUGUGCAUCGAGUUUUGCUAGCCAUUCGAAUCCCAGUGCUUUCACAUGUUAUAUGGAACGGCGGUGGUGAGUCGUUCUCCCACGAUGUGCGCGUGUGCCUAGAGGAGGGCACAUGUAUGGUGUACCUUGAUGCUAUGUCGUAUGUCUCGGCCAUGUUCCUCGUCUACUACUUGUAUACGGACGAUGUACUUCCGGUGUGGGGAGUGAGUCUUGGCUUUAUGCUCGCAUCUCAGUGUCGAGAUCAGGGUAUCGAUAUUACUCAUAUUCGUUCGGAACUGGAUGUAUGGGCCAAGAAACUCGGUUUGGAUGCCUUGUUUGACUUGCUUCAGUCGGGACUGGUGAAGCCUCCCCGAAAAACGCUGCAUGGCGGGCUAGCUCAACUCUUUGAUCGUGUGCUGACACGAAAGGGAGGCCCAGGUGCUGACAUUGUGCUGCACUUGUCCGAUGCCGACGUGGUGUGUCAUUCUCUAUUUUUGCGCCGCUCGCCCAUGAUCGAGGCGCUUCUGGACUGGUACCACAUGCGAGGCGAUCAGGGGAAGCAAGUCCAUGUCGACAUGAAGCAUAUGGCAUGGGCUGUCGUGCGUGUCGGUUUGGCAUUUUUGUACACAGAUGCAGGUGUGUCUGCAUUUGAAGGGUGCGACGAAAACAAAACACCCGAUGAAUUCAUUGACUUUGUGCUGGAUGUGCUGCAGCUUGCAGAUGAAUGGCUGCUGGACAAGCUUCAACUUGUGACAUUUUCAUUCCUGUCCCCGCGUGUCAAGCCAACAAAUGUAGCUGCUUUGCUCACCGAUGCGUUACGACUAAAUGCGCCUGCCUUCAGUCAUGCCUGUAUGGACUAUGUCGCCUGCAAUCUCGAGACACUUCUUGAGCUGGGGUCUCUGUCGUUGCUAGGCGCGAACGAACGUAUGCAUCUCACGCAGUACAUCCAGGCUCAGCAAGAUCGUGUUUUGCAUCGGACGUUUGCGAAGGAUCACCUACUUGCCUUGUACAUCAAGCACCAAGACUACAUGGCGGACCUUGAUUUGCCCAAGCCUUCAUUGAAUCUUGCCUGCCUCAAAGUUCCGAAACGAUACAAGUCGCCGCGUAUCGUGCCUGUGGAUGAUGCGCCCAUACCGCGCUCGCAACGCCACAAUCAGGAUGGUGUCAUCGCAGGUACGUCUGCAGUACCGCCGAACGCAGCGCCGGGUGAUGAAAGCAUGCUUUUUGCCAUGGACGACGUGACGCCGGAGCGCACACCAGAACCUGUAUGGCGUACUGUCAAUGCAAAGCCACUUCGGACUCCUCGGCGCUCGUUGGAUCCAGAGCCUACUGAGUUGCCUGGGACUCACACAUCCCAAACGCCUUAUCUUGGAGCAAGUGAUGAGCCAUCUCGGACUCUGAGCUCGUCUCCCUCUUCUGUGCCCUCGCCCAUGACCCCUAAAGCACAGUCAACGGUACUGCAGAUGCCAUUGUCUGCACGAGUCUCGCAGAAAGAACGCAAGAAACAACAGCAGCAACAGCGGCAGCAACAACCUUCUCCUGCCGUGAAGGUUGAUUCUCCUCCUGUUUGGAGACCGGGUUCGUUAAGAUCACGCUCAGACGUGUGGGGCUUGUCCCCUUCGGGCUCUUCAACUGCUACUACCACGAGCACCCCGAGCACCACCGCCGCUGCUGUUGCCGCGGCUAAGGCGACGGGCACAGCCACAGGAGUUGGUGCUAAGUCUUCUAGCAUCCCACCAGCCAUGUCGUUUGCUCAAAUCCAGGCUCAGCAGCAAGCAGCCAUAAGCCAAGCGCGGGAACAACAAGACAGACCUAAGAGUUUCGCGCAAAUUCUUGAUGAAGAGCGGACGAUGCAGGAGCGUGAACGGCGUGAGCGGCAGGAAGCUGAGGCAUUUGAGCGCUGGUUCGAAGAGGAAAGUCGUCGGGUGCAACAAGAAGCUCGUCGCUCGCAAUCUCGGCGGCAAGACACCCGCCGUGGCGCUCGUUCCAACAACCGCGGGCGCCGGCGUGGUAAACCUAACCCCGCCACAGCCCGCAUCGACGAUGAUUAG